AUGAGUUACUUCUUUCAACUUGAUUUUCGUUCAUCGGCCAGUGGUCAAUUUCAAUUAAUUAGGUCAUUAUGCUCACUUGUUGAUAGAUUUGUCAAUGAUACGCUUUUUGACUUUCUCUUGGAUACAUUCUUGACGCCAAAGAUUCGCUCAGUAGAAGCGCUCAAUGCUGAAAGUUUAUCAAAAAGUACAUUUGUUCAAAUAUCAACAGCUAAUGCCGUGCAACAAGUUCUCAAUCUUGUACGCCGUACUACUCAAAGCAAUCAAUUGCAAACAGCCAUGCAAACAUCCAAGUUGAACUCUUUAUAUAUUAUGUUGGAUUCAUCAGUACUUGUAAGCGAGUUCAAACGUGCACUUGCGCUUAUUCAAGUUCAUACAAGUAAUACCUUGUCAACAACGCAAUUGAACGCUUACUUGGCUACCUAUGAGUUUAUUAAUAGUACUACACGUAUUGAUUUUGGCUGGGUACCAUGGCAUUGGGAUAACUGUUCAUGUUCACUUAGUGACACAUGUCAUGUACCGAUGGGUUUUUAUACGUAUCCACCUAAUUAUCCAGUGGAGGAUAUGAUUUUGAAAUUUUAUAUUCCGAAUUUAUUCGUAGGCUGUUUUGUUGUUGAAAAUGUUCUACAAUCUUCUCUUCAAUGUCUUUUCAAUCAAUCAUGUUUAGAUGCAAUUCAGCGUGAGAUAAAGUCCAAUGCAUCAAUUGAUGUACCGAUUCUGAACAUAAAUUCUACUCGAUUCUUGCCAGAAACACCUAUUCAUGUUCUAGUCAACUCACUUUUACUUGAAGAAUGGCAUCCAAUUAUUCAAUACGAUAAAUACUAUUUACAAUGUUCGCCAAAGUCUUGUUCAUAUAAAUUUACAGCACGUAAUAAUGCACUCUAUGUGUUCGCCAUGCUUGUUGGCUUAAUCGGUGGGCUUACAGCCGCUCUAAAACUUGCUGUACCCAAAAUUGUUGGAUCAAUGCGCAACUGCAUGCGACCACGAAACGAAACGAACCAUAGGACAACUCAUUUAAGACUAAAAGAUCGUGUACGUGCCAUAUGGUAUAAACUAAAAACUCAAGCAGUCGAAUUCAACAUGUUCAAUAGUGAGGAAACAUGUCGCAACGAUUAUGUUCGUCGAAUAUCUGUAAUGAGCACGCGUGUUUAUCUUUUACUACUCACUGGAGCACUCAUCAUUUUGACUACUCACAAUACGUUAACCAUACACACUCAACAAUUCGUUGUGAAUGAACCAUCACAAUCAACAUUUGAGCAGCUUCAAGCCAAUCCACAAUAUUCAUCAACAUUGGAAUGUCCUUGUCAAAAAAUUGCUAUCGCAUUCAAUUCAUUUAUCUCCAUCUCUGUUCAUUUUCAUCAAUUCUGUUCAAGUGAUUUUGUAGUCAAGAGUUCUGAAUGGAUGAAUAUUUUAUAUUAUCGUUGGGUUGCUUUCGUCUACCCAUAUGAUGACUUUCGUCUAUUUGUGUUGCCACAUUUUCGUUUGUUAAACUCUUUUUGUACUCUUGCAAACGAGACGGUUGUCAAUGCAUUAGGGCAAUUUGCAUCGAACACAUUAAUCAGUAGUCGAGCCCAAUCUCAUCAAAGUAUUGAAAUUCAAGUUACUGCUGCUAUUGAUCAAUUGCGUCGAUCAACAUCAGCAACGUUUAUACGUAUGCUCGAUUUUGUUCGACAAAUAGCACAUGGUAACGGAAUUGUAUUCUCAACUCUGUCCAAUUGGCAUUUUCUCUCAUUGAAUACAAGUGUUAGUUGGACAUCAUUGUGGGCGGAACCACGAUCUUUUAGUUUAUUGAAUCGAAUUGAUUGCGACGAAAGAUGUGAUAAUAGUUUACCAUAUGAAAUAUGUUCGUCAAAUCGAGGAUAUGGUUGUCUUCCUGGCAGUUAUAAUGAUAAAAGUUCUAUUUGUGCAUUUUUAUGUGUUACCUGCUCUAAACUAUCAUAA